GCCCGCGCGCGAGCCGAGCCGACGCGAGUCGGAGCCGGAGCCGAGUCCGAGCAGAGCCGGGGCGGAGCCCAGGAGCUUCGCUCGCGGGCAGCUCGUGGGCUGCAGCCAGGCGGGGCGGGCGCCGGCGGGGCGGCCCCCCAGUAAGAUGUGCGCCGCGCCGCGGGGCGCCCCCUACUCGCAGCGGCGCUCGGGAGCCGGGCGGCUGGGCCAGGCGGCGCCUUCGGGGCUGCUGCGCGCCCGCGCCUAGAGCUGCCGCCCCAGGGAGCCCGCCACGGCCGCGCCCCGGGCACGCUCGGCGGCUCCCAACGAUGACCGCUCCCUGGCGGCGCCUCCGGAGUCUGGUUUGGGAAUACUGGGCCGGGCUCCUCGUGUGCGCCUUCUGGAUCCCGGACUCGCGCGGGAUGCCCCACGUCAUCCGGAUCGGAGGAAUCUUCGAGUAUGCGGACGGCCCCAACGCCCAGGUCAUGAACGCCGAGGAACACGCCUUUCGAUUUUCUGCCAACAUCAUCAACAGGAACAGGACUCUGCUGCCCAAUACAACCUUGACCUAUGACAUACAGAGGAUUCACUUCCAUGACAGCUUCGAGGCGACCAAAAAGGCCUGUGACCAGCUGGCGCUGGGCGUGGUGGCGAUCUUCGGGCCAUCACAGGGCUCCUGCACCAACGCCGUCCAGUCCAUCUGCAAUGCCCUGGAAGUGCCCCAUAUCCAGCUGCGUUGGAAGCACCACCCGCUGGACAACAAGGACACCUUCUACGUGAACCUCUACCCCGACUACGCCUCGCUCAGCCAUGCCAUCCUCGACCUGGUCCAGUACCUCAAGUGGCGGUCGGCCACCGUGGUCUAUGAUGACAGUACAGGGCUCAUCCGACUGCAGGAGCUCAUCAUGGCCCCAUCGAGAUACAACAUCCGCCUGAAGAUCCGUCAGCUCCCCGUCGACUCUGACGACUCGCGCCCCUUGCUCAAGGAGAUGAAACGAGGCCGGGAAUUCCGCAUUAUCUUCGACUGCAGCCACACUAUGGCAGCCCAGAUCCUCAAGCAGGCCAUGGCCAUGGGCAUGAUGACUGAGUACUACCACUUCAUCUUCACCACUCUGGAUCUCUAUGCUUUAGACCUGGAGCCCUACCGCUACUCAGGCGUGAACCUGACGGGAUUCCGGAUUCUCAACGUGGACAACCCACACGUCUCAGCCAUUGUGGAGAAGUGGUCCAUGGAGCGGCUGCAGGCAGCUCCCCGGGCUGAGUCUGGCCUGCUGGACGGAGUGAUGAUGACUGAUGCAGCCUUACUGUACGACGCUGUCCACAUCGUGUCCGUGUGCUACCAGCGGGCGCCACAGAUGACUGUGAACUCCCUACAGUGCCAUCGGCACAAGGCCUGGCGCUUUGGCGGCCGCUUCAUGAACUUCAUCAAGGAGGCUCAAUGGGAAGGAUUAACUGGACGAAUUGUUUUCAACAAAACUAGUGGCUUGCGGACAGAUUUUGAUCUGGACAUCAUCAGCCUGAAAGAGGAUGGCCUGGAGAAGGUUGGAGUGUGGAGUCCUGCCGACGGGCUCAACAUCACAGAGGUUGCCAAAGGCCGAGGUCCUAAUGUCACCGACUCUCUGACAAACAGAUCACUCAUUGUCACCACAGUGCUGUUCCCAGGCAAAAACUUUUCCAACAAGUCACCCCAGCUGUGGUGGGUGCUGUGGCCACACCUCGAGAGCCCAGCAGGUGCUGGGAGCUUGUACACAUGCCACAUUCUACGGUGGCCCUUCUGAGAGCUGUCAACCACCGCCACACCCCCUGACUGGAAUCACACCCCAUUUUCUCUCCAUUCCCCAACUGAAUAGCACCGCCUUCUCCUGACCCAUUUCAACCCAAGAAGCAACUCUGGGGGCCUCCUAUGGGCUCUCUACACCUUUGAGCUCACACGUGGGCAGGAGAACAGACCCAGGCUGCUG